CGUUUGCAAGUGUCGGGGAAUAUAUCGCACAGAAUGAGCCAGCAGUCAGUGAUGUGCGUAACGAGUUUAUUCAGAGACAACAAAGGUUCUGCAGAACAUGAUGCACUUCAACAGCCCAGAGACCCCACAAUUCUGUGUGAGGACUAUCGAACAAGAACUGCUGCAACCGAGAAAGACUGUGGUAGAGACAGAGAGACCGACCGACCAUCACACCUAUGGACACUUGCAGAGGCUCAAACAACAGCCUUUCAAACUGGGAAGAGGGACAAGUUCUUAUGUCUAUCAGAAAUGUGAACUUGCUCAACUCUUGCACAGAAAUGGAUUGGAUGGAUAUCGUGGUUACAGCCUGGCAAACUGGGUUUGUUUGGUACAGCAUGAGAGCAACUACAACACAAGGAUAGUCGGACAUAACAGGAGGGCUGGAAGGACUCUGUCAUCAGAUUACGGGAUCUUUCAGAUCAACAGUGUCAAGUGGUGUGAAGAUGGUCAGACACAGCACCCAAAGAAAAAGAAAGGAUGUAGGAAGAGGUGCAGUGAUUUUAUCAAUGACAACAUCAUAGAUGACAUUCAGUGUGCGAAAAGGAUAGUGACUCCCCAAGGGAUGAAUGCCUGGUACAGCUGGAAGAAAAAUUGCCAGAGUCGAAACCUAGGCGAUUUUCUGGAUGACUGUAAACUAUAAUUCAUGAAAUAAUUCACCUGUUGGAUCCAACACAGAACGUGUG